ACUGUCAAACUGUCAUCAACGACUGGCCGAAAAACAAAGCGAUCGGCUCAGAAAGAAAAAUAAAUUAAAAACAAAUUAGAUUAAAACUGAGUUUACUGCCGAGUAGUCGUGUUUUGUUUCACUACCUAAUGUUAAAUAGUGAAGUGUAACAAGUUAUCUACGUAGAUACUGGAGGAGUUUCAUUGUUGAUACGACCGGUCCGUAGAGCCAGCAGCCAUGCGCCUGAUAAUCCUGGAAGAUGCGGAUGUGGUGGCGGACUGGGCGGCGCAGUUUGUGAUGCAGCGCAUCAACGAGUUCGCGCCGGGCCCGGACCGGCCGUUCGUGCUGGGGCUGCCGACGGGCGGCACGCCGCUGGGCAUGUACCGCCGCCUCAUCGACUUCCACCGCGCCGGCAAGCUGUCCUUCAAGCACGUCACCACCUUCAACAUGGACGAGUAUGUCGGUCUCCCGCGCGACCACCCCGAGUCGUACCACUACUACAUGUGGAACUCGUUCUUCAAGCACGUGGACAUCUCCCCUGAGCGAGCGCACGUGUUGGACGGCAACGCGCCGGACCUGGCCGCCGAGUGCCGCCGCUUCGAGGGACUUAUUAAAGAGGCUGGCGGGGUGCACCUGUUUGUUGGAGGCAUCGGCCCGGACGGCCACAUCGCGUUCAACGAGCCCGGCUCGUCGCUGGUGUCGCGCACGCGCGUGAAGACGCUGGCCUACGACACGCUGGAGGCGAACAAGCGCUUCUUCGGCAACGACAUCAGCAAGGUGCCGCGGCAGGCGCUCACUGUGGGAGUUGGGACUGUUAUGGAUGCUAAGGAGGUAAUGAUCCUAAUAACGGGCGCGCACAAAGCCCUGGCCCUGUCCAAGGCGGUAGAAGAGGGCGUGAACCACAUGUGGACGGUGUCGGCGUUCCAGCACCACGCGCAGGCGCUGUUCGUGUGCGACGAGGCCGCCACGCUCGAGCUCCGGGUCAAGACCGUCAAGUACUUUAAGGCGCUGAGCGAGGAGCACCAGAAGCUGAUCGCCGAGACCAACGUAGACGAGCAGCGCGUGCUGCACUGAUCACCCUGUAUACAGUGCAACACGAGUGUGGAUAGUGCGGUGUAAUAUGUGACAGAUAGGAUUUUGAAUGGGAGAUGAGAUAGUAUGACUAUGAUUGUAAAGUUCAUGCCUUGUUGAAGUGCCUUUUUGAUUAUGUAUGUUUUACCGUAUUUUAUAUUUACUUAUACAAAAUGUCUCAAAUAUUUUUUUAUUGUUAUUUUAG